GCGGCCACCUGUGCUGGCUGAGCGGUUUCGUCGGUGCAGAAAUGUUGCGCUAAGAGCGAGUGGUGUGUGCACGCUGCUGGCACCCUCGGAAGCAGUCCGGAUUUCUCCUCCUCUGACAGCGUCACAAAAUCUCCGUAAAGAUGCAGAAGCCGCACGGGCUGGUGGCGGACCUGUGGCCGCUGAUCCGCAUGGUGCAGUACUCGGGCCACUGGAUGCUCGAGUACAGCGGCGGCCUCACGGCCCUGCGCGCCAUCUACAGCUCGGUCGUGUCCGUCCUGGUCGUGACGCAGUUCGCGCUCAUGGCCGUCAACCUCAUCCAGCGGUCCGGCGACGUCAACGAGCUGGCGGCGAACACCAUCACGGUGCUCUUCUUCCUGCACCCCAUCACCAAGUUCGCCUACUUCGCGGUGCGCUCUAAGGCCUUCUACCGCACGCUCGCCACAUGGAACCAGUCCAACAACCACCCGCUGUUUGCAGAGUCACAGGCGCGCUUCCACCAGCUGUCCGUGGUGCGCAUGCGCCGGCUCGUCAUGUACGUGGUGUCCGUGACGGCGCUUAGCGUCGUGUCCUGGACCUCCAUCACCUUCAUGGGCGACUCGACGCGGGAGGUCCCCGACCCCGACAACGCCAACGAGACCAUCACCGAGGAGGUCCCCAGGCUCAUGAUCAGCACCUGGUACCCCUUCGACGCCUCUUCUGGUAUGGGCUACAUGCUCGCCUUCAUAUACCAGCUGUACUGGCUGACGGCGACGCUGAUGCACUCCAACCUGAUGGACGUGAUGUUCUGCUGCUGGCUCAUCUACGCAUGUGAGCAGCUGGUGCACCUCAAGGAGAUCAUGAAGCCGCUCAUGGAGCUCAGCGCCACGCUGGACACCGUGGUGCCGCACACCAGCGAGCUCUUCCGAGCCGCCUCCACACUGCCCACCAACGAGCCACUCUACGGGAUGGGGCCAGACAUGAGCAACGGCGUGACGGACGGCAUGACGAUCCGCGGCAUCUACAGCAGCCAGCGCGACUUCUCGGGCUUCAACCGGCGCUCGGCGGCGCUGUCGACGGUGCGCGAGGCCGAUUCGGGCGGCGCCGUCACCUCCGCCGGCGGCAUCGGGCCCAACGGGCUCAGCAAGCGCCAGGAGAUGCUGGUGCGCUCCGCCAUCAAGUACUGGGUCGAGCGACACAAGCACGUCGUCAGGUUCGUGGGCAACAUCGGGGACGCAUACGGCGCGGCGCUGCUGCUGCACAUGUUGACCACCACCGUGACGCUCACGCUGCUCGCCUACCAGGCCACCAAGAUCGACUCGGUGGACGUGUACGCGGCCUCUGUACUGGGCUACCUGUUCUACACCCUGGGGCAGGUCUUCCUCUUCUGCGUCUUUGGAAACAGGCUCAUUGAAGAGAGUUCCUCGGUGAUGGAGGCGGCGUACAGCUGCCACUGGUACGACGGCUCGGAGGAGGCCAAGACGUUCGUGCAGAUCGUGUGCCAGCAGUGUCAAAAGUCGCUCAUGAUCUCCGGCGCCAAGUUCUUCACCGUCUCGCUCGAUCUCUUCGCUUCGGUGCUGGGAGCCGUGGUGACGUACUUCAUGGUGCUGGUGCAGCUCAAGUAGGCGGCACCUGACCUCUGCUGUCAUCUGUGGUGCCGCCAGGCAGCUGCAGGUGCAGGUGCAGGUGGGGAAGGAAGUGGAGUUGGGGAUCCACGAGCUGGAGUUGGGACCAAAUACUGCGGGCCAGUUGCAGAUGCGAUGUGGUCCCGCGACAGUUUCAAGUGUCGCUCGCAGAGCACUGCAAGUGGGACAUCGCUACAAGGAAAAGCUGUGUUUCACGUCGUUACAGGCUUGUAUGUACGGCCAGAACUAAUCUGGGUGCUCAGA